GGAUUUUAAUAGUCUUUUAAGCAGGCAUGGCCUCCUCGAUGGACGACCCUGUGGAGAGGCUUCAGGAUGAAGUCUCUUGUUCCAUCUGCCUGGAGUAUCUGAGGGACCCAGUGACCAUCGACUGUGGCCACAACUUCUGCCAGGCUUGCAUCUCAGACUAUUGCGAGCGAGGAGCUGGUUCCAUAACCGGGGCAGCUCUCUGCCCCCAGUGCCGGGCGGGGUUUUUGCUAAGCAGCUCCCGCCCCAACAAGCAGCUGGCCAAUAUCGUGGAGGGCAUUGAGCGGCUGGCUCGGAGGCCCAGCCAAGGACUUGCUGAGGCCCUGUGUGAGAAGCAUGGCAAAAAGAUGAGGCUUUUCUGCCAGGACGAUGGGGAGUCCAUUUGCUUAGUGUGUGACAAAUCUCGGGAGCAUCAUAUGCACUCGGUGCUGCCCAUUGAGGAGGCUGCUCACGAUUACAAGAUGAAACUCCAGGAAGCUGUGGACACUCUCAGAAAAAUUCUGGCAGAAGCAAUGAAGCUGGAAGUCCAAGAGAAGGAGAAAACCAGCCAAUGGAAGGAUAAAGUCAAGAAACACAGAGUACUUAUCAUAUCAGGGUUUGAAAAACGCCGCCAGGCACUGGCAGAAGAGGAACAGCUACUUUUGAAGCAUCUUCAAGAGGAGGAGCUGGGAACACUAAAGAAGCUGGAGAGGAAUUCAGACUUCCUUCUUGAGCAGUGUGCUGGACUGCAAAACCUCAUCACAGAGAUGGAACAGAAAUACCAAAAACCUGCGAUCUCCUUGCUCAAGGAUAUUAAAAGGACCCUGACCAGGAGUGAAGGACUAUCCCUAAAAGAACCUCAGCCGAUUUUGAUGGAGUUGCAAGACUCCUAUGCUGUUCCUGGGCUGAUGGAGUCAUUGCAAAGAUACAACGCGUCGGUGACCUUUGAUCCGGAUACAGCCAAUCCUUACCUGCUCUUAUCCGAGGACCGCCUCAGCGCUCAAGUGGUGGACCGGAGGCAAGAUCUGCCGAAGAUCUCGUCUCGCUUUGAAACAUGCACUUGUUUAAUGGGCCGCGAGCAGUUCAGAUUUGGGAAACAUUACUGGGCGGUGUGCGUGGAAGGCAAGUACAGCUGGACCCUGGGAGUGUGCAAAGAAUCAGUCAGCCGCCAAGGUAUCUUCACCCCCUCACCGGCAAAAGGGUUCUGGACGGUGUGGCUGAGGAAUGGGGACGAGUAUGCAGCACUUACGUCUCCACUCACAGAACUAGUGCUGAGAUCAAAGCCAAAGCUGAUUGGUAUCUUCCUGGACUACGAUGCAGGAGAGGUUUCUUUCUAUAAUAGCGAUACCGGUUCCCACAUCUUUACCUUCUUGGAUUCCUUCUCUGAGAUCCUUCGGCCUUACUUCUAUCCUGGAAUCCGGGCUGGGGGCCUCAACGAUGCUCCCCUCAUUAUCCAGCCAGCCAAAGAUCAGUCAAGUCUUUCUCUUCUGGCCAUUGAGACCUUUUCACAUCUCUAGGGCUGGUUCCAAAUGACGCAUUGAAUCUGGAAUUGGGACAACCAGGUGAUGCUGUUCCUUACUUAUGCUAUUCUCACCUGGGUCCCUUUAACACAUUUUCACCUUCUGAGACAGAGGCCAUCCCUGCAUCAGAAAAAUGUUUCCAAAUGGAUCUUUGGAUAUGGAACAGGCAUGGCUUACUCCUGUAAUUUCACGAGGUGUUGCCAUUCUACAGUUAUUCUGUCAUAAAGCCCUUUAUCUCUGAAUGAGUCCCCUUCUUUUUUUUCUACCCAAAAGAGGGUCUGAAAAACAAUUAUUGGGGAUUGAGGAGGUGAUGGAGUAUGUACUAAGGCUGUAUGUUAGCAUUGGCCAUUAUUAUUACUGUUGAUGUUGGACUUUUGCAGAUAUUUAUUUUAGUUCAUAUUAUUAUUUUCACACCUUUUGUAAAUUGCUUGGAUACUUCUGUUGGAAGCGAUACAGAAGUACCACAAAUAA